AUGGCAAUCUCAACCCCCACAUACCCAUCCACAUCCGCAUCCACAUCCACACCCCCAUCCACACACACCAUACCAUCGCACCAAACCUCCGACAACCCCCCCGACAUCUCCUCCAUCCUAUCCAACUACUCCAAAAGCAUGCACGAACACACGCGCAAACAAAUGGAAGCCGCGCACCGAGCCGCGCACAGAAAUAAUGAAAAUGCUGAUACUGAGACCGAUGUCGUUAUCAAUGUCGAUGGACUCGCAUGUGGUGGUAUCGCACAUGCUCCUUUGGAAUUCCGUCGACAUCGUUCUUUUACGCGUAGUAGUGCUACUACUGUUACACAGGCGAGGCAUUGA